AUGGCUGCUGCAAAAACACAAGAUCUACAGAAGAGAAUUGAGGCUUUAGAAACAUUGGUUAAGAAACAAAAUGUUUUAAUUGGUAAGACAGGGAAGAGCAUGCUUGAGAUGCAAAUCGACAAACAAAGAUCUGAUCUAACCAACUUCUCAAGUAAAAAGAAAGGUAGUUUGGACACUGGAGAUGUAGCUACCAAUGAAGAUUUGGUACAACUAGUUGCUGAACUGCAAGGGGAGUUGAAUAAUAUCGAAGAAAGAUCUAUUAGAAGGAUGGCAAAUUCUGGAAAAACUAAGGCAACUGAUAGUAUUGCGCCACUACUGAAUGCAGAUGGGGAUGUACCAACCGUAAAAGAUUCUUGGUUCCCUAGAACUGUGGCUGAAUUUGAAAAAUUAUCCGAUAUUGAACUGUUUAGAUUAGCUAAGUUUUACGAAAGAGUUCCAUUAAGUGGUAAGGAACAUGAAAAAUAUGAACAAUACUUGGAAGGUAAACUAGAAACAAUGAAAAUUACAGAUACUAACGAUGAGGAUUUAGCUACUCAAAUCAAGAAUUAUUCGCCAGAUCAAAUUGAUGAUAUUUUCAACGAGGUUGCUAGAUAUUUAGGAUUACCAACGAGAAGAGGGGUGUAUGAAUGGUGA